AUGCAGCAUUUCAAUAAUUCCUUAUCUCAAAUCGAAACCUCCAUCGCUCGAAAUAGCUCUCAUCUCUAAAUGGAGUUAUCAUAGAGCUAGAAUUCAUAGUUCGGAGGGUCAAAUUAACCAGAUAUUAGUGAUACACUCUCAAAUAUCAAAGUAGAAUUUACAGGCAUAAAUGAAUGCAAAUAUCCAGGCACAUAAGUGCAAUCAACCAAUCAGACUAUUAGGAAUGAUAAUAAGAACAAGAUAUUCGAAUUGAAUAUUGAUAAAAUAAGAUUCAAUAAAAGGGAAUUUGAUAAUAACAUAUCUCAAUCAGAUAAAAAUAUAUUAAGGAAAUUACUUUUCACAGAGCAGGAUUUUGAGUAGAACUAGCAAUAUUUGAACAUUAUUUCCAAUAAAAUUAGUUCAAGAUCUCCUAAGAAUUCAUCAAGAUUAUUUCAGCUUGAGAAAGUACUUAUAGAAACUCUUUAAUCUAAAUCUAAAAGUCAACCUAGAUAAAGACCCAGAAAAACUUUAUAGCCUGUAAUAUUGAGUUAGAGCUAAGCAUAAGUCACAAACAUAUUUGAUUAAACUUAAAUAUUGAACAAUCGUAAUUAAAUGCAACAAAGAAAAGAAGAGAGCACCGAAACUGACUACAAUUCCUAGAGAUAGAGUGAUGAGCAAAUCUCGUCUGAUCCAAGAUCCUUGCUCCUAGAUUUCAGAGAAUUAAUUUAAGUCGAGUAAGUAUAGCAAUAUAACAAAAUUUAGCCUGUUUAGAAUAAAAAGAGAUCCAAAUCAGCCCAAAGAACAUUAAUUGUAAAAGUAAUCGAAUAAGUAAAGAAUAGCUUCUAAGCAGACUAUUUUUCAAGUAGUUAACUUAAUUAAGAAAUUAAAAAGGAAGAUACUUAGCAAUCAUUUGCUGUUUUGUCUAACUAAACAUUUUCUGAAUAUCCUAAUCGAAGUUUCUAAAGCAAAUAAGGUAAUCCAGUUCUAUGUGACAGAAGCGUUCAAAUGACAAAUUAAUAAAAUUCUUUUAACCACACAGCCCAGGAUUCGUCAUUUUUAACUAAUCCUAAUAUGAAAGUCAACUAGUUGAGCCCUAAAAUUUAAGAACCUCUUUGUCUUAGCAUAGAGAAGAAUAUCAAUUAAUUUGAGAUUGUGCAUUAAAAAUAGUAGGAAAGAUUUUCUAGACUAAUGAAGAGUCCAUUUGAUUAUGAUAAUUCUUGCUCAAAUCUAAUAAGUACAUAAGAGGGUAUAAAUAUGUACAAAUCGAGCAAUCAUACAAGAGUUAACUCAUUCAGUGGGACUAAAUACAAUUUGAAUUUAGUGAAUAAAUCUCGGAUAAGCAAUAGCUCGAAGUAAGAAAUUCAAUUAAACAAAGAAGUCACUGAAAAAGCCCAAGCUUGA